ACAUGUCACCUGACCUCAGACAGGACUUCAAUAUGAUGGAACAGAAGAAGAGAGUCACACAGAUACUACAGAGUCCUGCCUUUAAGGAUGAGUUGGAGGGGCUGAUUGAGGAGCAGAAGAAGAAAGGCAACAACCCCACUGGUCUCCUGGCCCUCCGACAGAUCGCUGACUUCUUCAUGUCUUCAUCCGUGGCUGGCUUCAGCACCUCACCCCUAAGCCUUGGAAUGGUCACUCCCAUCAACGACAUGUAUGGAGUGGAGUCUACCACUCUGGUGAAGGGGGAGAAGCAGACACGCUGCAAGCUGGCCAGCCUCUACAGACUGGUGGACCUGUUCAGCUGGGCACACUUUGCCAGCUCCUACAUCACAGUCCGAGUCAGCAAAGAGCAGGACCACAUCCUCAUCAUCCCCAGAGGACUGUCAUUCGCUGAGGCGUCCGCAUCCAACCUGGUAAAGCUGAACAUCAUCGGGGAUGUGAUUGACCAGGGCUCCACCAACCUCAGGGUUGACCCGUCAGGCUUCAGCCCCCACGCUGCCAUCUACUCCAUCAGGCCAGACGCUCGCUGCUGCGUCCACGUGCACACUCCUGCCACCGCCGCCGUGUCGUCUAUGAAGUGUGGCAUCCUGCCCAUCUCUCAGGAGGCCUUGAUCCUGGGUGACAUCGCAUACUACAACUACCAGGGUAGCCUUGACGACCAGGAGGAACGCCUGGCGCUGCAGAAGGCCCUCGGACCCUCAGCCAAGGUGCUGGUGCUGAGGAGCCAUGGAGUGGUGGCUCUGGGGGAAACCAUCGAAGAGGCCUUUCAUUACAUCUACAACGCUCAGUAUGCCUGUGAGAUCCAGGUGAAUGCGGUCUCGUGUGCUGGCAGCGUAGACAACCUGAUUGUGUUAGAUGCUGAGAAGUAUAAGUCUCGGACCCAUGCGGUGGCAGAUGCAGGGUCUGUCAACAUGGGAAGCCCACACAAGUGGAAGGUGGGAGAGCUGGAGUUUGAAUCUCUCAUGAGGAUGCUGGAUAACCUGGGCUACCGGACUGGCUACGCUUACCGCCACCCCAUCGUUCGGGAGAAGCCUCGGCACAAGUCCGACGUGGAGAUCCCGGCCACGGUGACGGCGUUCAUGUUGGAGGAGGAGGAGGGCGCCGCGCGGCUGCCGUUGAACUUCCUCCAGCAGAGACAGGCCAGGGAGAAGACACGCUGGCUCAACAGCCCCAACAGUUAUAUGAAGGUUAACGUGGCGGCCGUGGACGAACGCACCAGGACCAUGUGGAUGAAGUCUGAGGAAGGGGGCAACAGCAGCGGCACUCCAAUCCGGAUCGAAGACCCCAAUCAGUUUGUCCCUAUGAACACCAACCCUAGCGAGGUGCUGGAGAGGAGAAACCGAAUCAGAGAGCAGAACAGAUUCGACAUGAUGACGUCCGGACCUCGCUCUCACCACCUGGCAGGCAUCCCAUUGGACGAACCUCGAAUGGAUCAGCCGGUCCGUGUGAAGCCCUAUGUGGCAUCCGAGGAUGACCAGAUGGUUCCUCUACCUCCUAACCCCUUCAGUCAGCUGUCUGAGAAAGAGAUGGACGAAUACACGAUGAACGUAGAGAAGAGACAGCUGGGGCUGAGUGAGAACCACACGAUGCAGAACGGCAAGGAUGGCGGCGACCAUGAGGUGAACGACGAGCUGAGCAAAAGGGUCAGUCAGCUGACCACCAGCGUGGAGAGCAUUGAGGUCAAGGUCCGCACCGGCGAGAAGAUCGAAGACUCCGCCCUCUCCCCCGAGAGCUCGCCCUCCAAGUCCCCCAACAAGAAGAAGAAGAAGUUCCGCACUCCCUCCUUCCUCAAGAAGAACAAAAAAAAAGAGAAAAUGGAGGCCUAGAGAAAGAGAGAUGGAGGGAGUGAUAUUACAGCCUAUAUACAGUUUAAGAAGAAAGAGGGGACCCCUCUUAUUUUUAUUUUUUUGUCUGUUUUCAUUUUAGUUUUGUUUUUGUCAGUGUCCUCUUGUCAUUUUUUUUUAAAGAUUUUAUUUUGAUUGUAUUUUUUAACAAAUUGUUCUUUUAAGUUAAAUUUUUUUAGACUUGCGCGAAAAGUGAUGAAUUGAGUUGAGGAUUCUCUUCCUCUGCCUAGAAGUGAAGGCUCAUUGAUUUGGGAAGGCGAGGACUAAAAUGAUAAAGCUGCAACGACUGACUCCUCCCCCAUGUUCAAUAUUUACUGCCAUUGGCUGAUUGUUAUUUCUUCUCUGCCAUUGGCUAAUUGUUGAUUAUGGAAUUAGAAUCAGCCAAUCGUAUUCCUUGCUUCAUAACCUCCAGCCGACACUGGCGGGUCUAGAUAUGCAUCAGUGGUAUUAUUAAACUGCACAAUAUGGCGACUAGCUAGCGCACGGAAACGCUUUCCGCCCUUAUGGUAACCAUAACAACCACCAUGUUCUUUUCGCUUAGAUUUUCUCCUCAUAUGAGGUCUGCUUCUUCAAUACAUAGAGGACUGAAAUCAGAGAGGCCACAAAGAAAUAGUCAGACUGGAAAACUGGUUUUGAGAUCUUUCCUUCACUCUUGCUUCUUGUUUUCGCUUUCUCUCUCUGCCUCUCACUUCGUUUUUCUCUUUCAUCCUUCUUUUUAUUGCUCCUCUUCCUCUCUCACCUUCUGUUAAAAGUGAAUCUAUCUUUACAUUACCUAGCUGUCUUCUCGUCGACCUCCGACCUUCAUCUGUUGUUCACCACUGAUUCACUAUAAACUCACCGUUUUUUUUUUAUUGUCCUCUCCUCUUAAUAAUUUCAUUUUUAUUUU